CUCAUCGUCUCGAACACAGCUGAUGAAAUCACUCUGCAAACAAAAACGUCUGUGAUUGGCCGCAGGUUAAAGUUAAACCAAUAAGAUUUGCUGUUACAUUCGAUACAUUGUUUUGAUGCAAGAUGGCUGAAGAGGAAGAAAGUAGUUUAUUGGUUGUAAUUGUUGAUGUAAACCCGAUAUGGUGGGGAAAGAUGAGAAUCCAAGAUGAAAAUGAUUUAAAGUUUACACAGUGUAUGGAGAGUAUAUUGGUAUAUGUCAAUUCACAUCUCAUGAUGCAUCGCAGUAAUAAAGUAGCCAUUAUAGCCAGUCAUACAAAUAGCAGCUGUUUUUUAUACCCUACUGCGACACCCACCACUGAGGAGGAGGAAGACUUCCUAAGAGAUGGAAAAUAUGAACAUUUUGCUAAAAUUGAUGAUACUAUUUUUAAAGAAGUCAAGAAGCUUAUGACAGCACAUACAGCUGAAUUACACAUCGAUACGCUUCUAACUGGAUCACUCGCCAUGGCACUGUGUUAUAUACAUAGACUUGAAAAGGAAUGCAUUGCUGGUGAAAAAUUGAAACCAAGAAUUCUGGUAAUCAAGGCAUCAGAUGACAGUGCCUCUCAGUACAUGGACUUCAUGAAUAUUAUAUUUACAGCACAGAAACAGAAUAUCUUAAUUGAUGCCUGUGUAUUAGACAAAGAUUCAGGUCUGCUUCAACAGGCAUGUGACAUUACCGGUGGUAUUUAUCUUAAAAUUCCUCAAAGGACAGGACUUUUACAAUAUUUGUUGGUUCUUACUGCCUUCAAAAUUAAAGGAGCACCAACAUUAAAAAAGAAAAAGAAGAAGUCAGCUGCUGUGGUUAGCAUCAUGUGA